UAGUUCCCAGCUGCUCCCGCCGCGCCGCGCUCGCCACUCGACACUCGACACUCGCCACUCGCCGCCGCAUCAAACCACUCGUCAAUCAUACAAACAAUAUGCAGUGCUUCAUCUGCGUAAUAUAUUUGGUAAUAUCCUGCAAGGCUCUUCCUUACAAGGACCCUGAAAUAUUACCAUUUGAAAAUAACGCAACGAUAUCAUUUAAUAACAAUACAAGAAGUGAACUUUCUAACGACAAAUUUAAAAUUGAAAUAUCAGAACUUGCAAAUUCACAUACAAACCGCACGCAAACAAACGAAAGUGAAAUUAAUAGAGAGAGUGUUGACAAAACCAAGGUGAUUGAUGAAAAAGUAAUGAAGUCUCAAGAGGAACCUGACGCAACGACAAUGAUACCAACGGGUUCUUCCUCGAAUGACACAAUUUUCUCCGGAAUAAAUAAAGAAUACAUCAAGUACAUGAUAACUGGAGCAAAAGAAACUGAUCACCUUUUUAGACCGAUUCUAAAUGAAAUGGAGGACAUGAGUCAGAUUGGGGACACCGACCGCCUGACCAUCAUCAACCCAACAGUCAUUGUCAACUUCCGCGGCUCCAUAUGGAACAAAGAAAGUGAUAUAAAACUAGCUCAAAAAAAGAAGGACAAGAGGAAACCUGAAAACACAAAUGACUGAUAUUUCGGCAUAAUCCUAAAAAAAAACGAAAACGAAAGUCUGAAACAAACAAAGACGUGCUCCCUUGUGGCAAAUUUUUAAAUAAUUUUAAUGUUGUAUUGUGUUAUUAAAAACGAUGCAAUAAUUAAUGUUUCAAAAGCGUUAAAUUACUUGAUUUUUUUAAAUAAAUAACACGAGAAUAGUAUGUUCGAAAACAUUUCAUAGUUAUUUAAUAAAUAC